AAAGCUGUAACGGUUUUAUUCGUGUCCAGUCCAACACUUUAGCUGAAUGAAUGAACAUCAGCAGUGUGUUAAAGACCUGAAUAACAAACAGCACAAAAUACACCACAGAUCUUCAGUUCUUCAAAACAAACUCAGGAGAAUGUCUGAAAGAAGAGAGAACAAUGUCCGUGAAAGUCAAGAGUCUCAAGAAGGGAUGAGAAGCAACUCCCAAACCUUUCCCAACCAAAUUGUUGAGGCUUUUCACAAUGGAACCACCAGAAUGCGGUCUUGGUUCUGUGGCAAAGAAGAUGAAUAUUUGAAAGAAGAACUGAUAAGAUCUACGCAAUCCCUUCACCACUACAUACACAAAUACUUUAACAUCACUAACAGACUGUCGGCGAUCCUCAAUACUCAGAUGAAUCAAAACAACUUACCUGCAGUCUCAGCGAAUGACAGUGAAAGUAUUGAGCAGAACUGUGUCAGGGUUAGACAGGUUAUGAGCCAAAUCCUUGGCCUAUGUGAAAGGGAGGACAAACGUGUUCAGAAGAGCGUUGAACCUGCACUUUAUGAAAAGAUUGCCUUCUCUGUUGGGUCACUGGAAGAAAAGGCUACAGUGUUAAAGGACCUGCAAGAUGAAAAAAUGGGUGUCUUGGGGAAUGUCUUCUGUCCUGUAGUCACUGUUCAGCUGGCCAGAAGUAAUCUGACAAAUGUAAUGCCUCCAGUGGAACUGCUUAAAUCUCAGCCCGUUUCAUCAUUCGUCCUGUUGGGAGAUCUCGAGCAGAGCAGUAAAACAAUCACUAAGCUUCUGUGUGGAUCGCAAAACCAUCAAAAGAACCUUGACGAAGGCAUACAGUUAAUGCAAGAUCUCCUUUCUAUUCUGAAGCCGCCCUGUGACUCCUACAAUGAUAUUCUUUGUGAAGUGGAAGCCUAUGUGAAGAUCAUAUCCAAGAAGAUGUAGGAGAGAAUUAAAAAAGUUAGAGAGUAAAUAAAAGAGUUAAACAUAGCAAAUGUACUUUUAAUA